CCGGGCCACCUUAACCCCGACAUCCGCCGGCCCCGCCGGCACGGCUGGGUGUGCGGUCCCAGCUCGCACCCCGGGGUCCCCGCUCGCACCCCGGGGUCCCCACUCACACCCCGGGGUCCCCGCUCGCACCCUGAGCUCUCCUGCUUGCACCCCGAGAUCCCUGCUCGCACCCUGAGCUCCCCUCCCUAUGCCCUCUGAGUGCACUCUUUGCACUCUGAGGUCCCCUGCUUGCACCCCAAGGUCUCCCGUGCACCCCACAGUCUCCCGCUCGCACCCCGAGAGCCUUGCUUGCACCCCAAAGUCCCCCGCUUGCACCCCAGGCUCCCUGCUUGCAUGCCGAGCUCCCCUGCUUAUACCCAGCAGUUUCCUGCUUGCACCCUGAGAUCCCCGCUUGCACCCCGAGGUCACCCCAUCUCCCACUUGCACCCCAACAUCUCCCACUCGCACCCCGAGGUCCCUGCCUGCACCGAGCCCGAGCAGCCUUGCGGCAGCAGGUCCUGUGCCUGGCUGCCAGCACCGCCAUGGAGUUCUCCGAGCUGAUCAAGACGGCGACAGUGGAGAGCGUGCUGCUGUCGUGCAUGGGGCUGCCGGCCGUGAAGGGCACCCUGUGCAUCACCAGCCACCACCUGCUCCUCUCCUCCUGCCCCGGGGGGGACAGCCAGCCCGGCACCCUGGAGCUCUGGCUGCUCAUCCGCAACGUGGAUGCUGUGGAGAAGAGAGUGCAGAAUUUAGGCUGGUACCAGCCCCCCCGGACUAAUGACUCCCCACGAGACACCAGGAUCGCUGGCUCCUCCGGCACCAUCACGCUCCGGUGCAAAGACCUGAAGGUGCUGCAGCUGGAGAUCCCUGGCAUGGAAGAGUGUCUCAACAUCGCCAGCUCCAUCGAGGCUCUCUCCUCGGUGGACUCCGUGAUGAUGAUGUACCCGUUCUUCUACAGACCCCAGAGCCUGAAGCUCGAGGAAGGAUGGCACCUUUUCCCUCUCGAGCAGUACUUCCAACGGAUCGCCUCACAGACGAGCCAGUGGCGGCUGAGCGAUGUGAACCGGGAUUUCACCACCUGCCCCACGUACCCUCCCACCGUCAUCGUGCCAGCAGCGGUGGACGAUGACACCUUGCAGAAGGCUGCCCGUUUCCGGCAGGGCGGGCGAUUCCCCGUCCUCAGCUAUUACCACUGCAAGAACGGCACCGCGAUGCUCCGCAGCAGCCAGCCACUGACGGGCCCCAACCGAAAGCGCUGCCGUGAGGAUGAGAUGCUGCUGGGGACCAUCCUGGAUGAGGGGGAGCGAGGCUUUAUCAUUGACACGCGGUCGGCCCAGGCGGCGAAGCAGGCUCGGAUGACGGGGGGGGGCACGGAGCCCAAGUCCUCCUACCCACAGUGGAGGAGGCUGCACCGGCCCUUGGAGAGAGGCCGCCCGCUGCAGGAGAGCUUUAUUAAACUGGUGGAAGCCUGCAAUGACACCUCAAUCAACAUGGACCGGUGGCUGAGCCGGCUGGAGAGCUGCCGCUGGCUGAGCCACGUCAAGGCAGCCCUGAGCACAGCCUGCCUGGCCGCACAGUGCCUGGACAGGGAGGAGGCCAGCGUGCUGGUCCACGGGGCGGAGGGGACGGACACGACGCUGCUGGUGACGGCGCUGGCCCAGGUGAUCCUGGACCCGUCCUGCCGCACGCUGGCAGGCUUCCAGGGGCUGCUGGAGCGGGAGUGGAUUGAGGCUGGCCACCCCUUCCACCUCCGCUGCGCCCGCUCUGCCUACUCCCACGCCCGGCUGAAGCAGGAGGCGCCGCUCUUCCUCCUCUUCCUCGACUGCGUGUGGCAGCUGAGCCGCCAGUUCCCCUUCUCUCUGGAGUUCAGCGAGCAUCUCCUCCUCACCCUUUUCGACAACGCCUACGCCUCUGCCUACGGCACCUUCCUCUGCAACAACGAGAAAGAGAGGUGCCUGUGUAAAGUGAGGGAGAGCACGCAUGCCCUCUGGGCCUGGCUGAACCAACCUGGGGAGAAGAAGAAGUACCUGAACCCCCUCUACUCGCACAACGCCCUGGUCAUCUGGCCCUCUGUCGAGCCCCAGAGCAUCCAGCUCUGGCAGGGUUUAUUCUUCCGAUGGAUCCGUUCAUCUCAGUACCUGGACGAGGCCUGGGCAGAGGUCCAGCGGUUAGCAGAGGGGGGUGACCCCCCAGUCAAGGAGAGCGUGGAGAGCAGGUUGAGCCGGUCCCUCUCUGACCCCGCUGCCCAGACAGAGAACGGACGAUGAACGGCAGCGUGGGCAAUGCGGUAAUCCAGUCCCCACGGGCUGCUGGGCCAACGCGACACUGCAGCUUUCCGCAGGAAGCGCUGUGCGGGACACAGGCCCUGCGGAGCCUGGAGGACAACUCCAGGAUGGGGUGGACAGACCCUUUUUGUAGCCUCUGGGCUGCACAGACUGAGCUUGUUUCAGUAAAGUGGUCUCUCUCACAGCCCA